AUGGCUACUAACAAAGAGCGAAAGGAAGUACUAGAAUUAGUGGAAGAUAAUUUCCGAGCGGAUUUAGCUAUACACUUAUAUUCUAUAGUAUUACUAAAAUGUAUAAAUCCAUACUACCCUAAUUCAAGAUGGAGUCAUUGGCCAUUACCAGCUGAUGAAGUACCUAUACCGAAGGGGGAAUUUACAUAUUGUGAUAAUGUGGUGGACGAGUCCAGUUUUGGAACUACAAUAGAUGAGGAUGAAGCAACACAACAGGAGGAAAAGAAAAGAGUUAGAGAAGAGUGUAUUCGACAAAGGAAAGUUAACAAGACUAGUAACAAAGAGUCUGGAACAGGUAAUGAUAGAGAAGAAAGUGCGAACAAAGUUGAAGAGUAUGUGAUUGAGAAUGAUGUUGAUCAUCAAGUUGAGCGUCAAAUAGAAGAGGAAGAGGAAGAGGAUGAAGAUUUGAGUACCAAUUACUUUGCGAAUUACGGAUCAAAUGAUGAAGAGGAGUUUAGUGAUUCUGAUGAUGAAAUUGAUUUCUCUAUGCCUAUCAGUAAAGUGACUUAUAUCGAGAAGGAGGUUGAUGCUAAAGCAGAAUUAGUCAAUGAAUUGAAUGCUAUGAUAGCUCGAAAGAUUCAUCAAAGAAUUCAGGAUAUGAAGAGUAGACGAGUGCUUGGAACUGAUUUAGAGAUUAGAGAUGAUAUACAACAAUCUGAUCUUGUUAAACGACUAAGUGUUCAACUUGCUAAUAAGGUUAAUACGAUGGUAGACAGACUUAAUGAUAAAAUCGAUAAAAAAUCCGAAUUGAUUUUGGACUGGCAUAAUGUGUUAAUGGAAGGUAUAGAACUUGUUGAUUUACCUCAUAACAGUUCUGAUAUCCUUAGACAUCAAGAAAUAUAUGAGCAUUGUGAAGAUCUAUUUAAUAAUAUAGAUUAUCGAUAUGAACUUGAUGAUGAAGAGGAUGAUGGAAUUGAUAAUGAAGACUUGACCACAUCGUCAGGAGCAUUGGUGGUUACCAAAUACUUGGAGAAGAUCAAGGAAUCUUAUGAUAAUGUAAGGCACCCAUUGUUUCAGAUAUUCCCCCACCGAUACUUGAUCCAUUUACGAGAAAAAGUUGCAUUUAAUGAUAAGUUCCGAAGGUUAUACUUUAAUAAACUUCAUACUAUGGCUAAGUAUCAACAAAUCGAAUGGAGUAAACGUCAACGGCCACUGAAGAUAAAGGGUAUUACACCAUUAAAGAAAGAUCUCUCAAAUAUUAAACAAGUUCAGCAAGAGGCAUUAGUGCAUUAUUCGCAUAAUAUUGAUGAAGAAGAGUAUAUAUUACGAAAGUAUGCAUAG